AUGACGGCAUACAACAAGAAUGGUUUGAAGAUAGACUUCACAUUUGAGAGGGCUAACCCCAAUCCAAACAUUGCCGUCAUCACCAUUCAUGCUUCCAACACGACAGAAGCAGAAAUGACUGACUUUGUGUUUCAAGCUGCUGUACCAAAGACGUUUCAGCUGCAGCUCCUUUCACCAAGUAGUAAUGUUGUUCCGGCAUUAAACCAGGGAACCGUAACACAGGUCAUCAGAGUCCUCAAUCCACAGAAGCAACACCUACGAAUGAGGAUCAAGUUAACCUACACCCACAAAGGCUCACCUGUGCAAGACCUGGCAGAGGUGAACAACUUCCCACCUCAAUCCUGGCAGUGA